CAUCCGUGGGUCAUUUUUCGAAAAUGUUGAUAAAACAGCUCAUUAUGCCAUUUAAAUGGAAUUGACCCAUAAUUACAGGUGAUCCAUAAUUAUGUUAUGACUGUAUACCAUUCACGAACAAUAAAACUUGACAAUAAACCAUGCACGGAAGUAAAUGUGCACAAUUUGGCACCCUGGCGUUAGCUGCAGCUAAUGGCGCGUUUUACCCCACAUUAAAACUAAAAUGCUGAAAAUCAAACUUUUUUUCAAAUUUCCAUUUUUCAGUAGUAAAACAUAAAACUGGUUGAUGGUUUCUUCCAUUUGGAAGGAAACACGUUGAAGCUUCAUAUUUGUGUCAAAAAAGUGUGUAUUAUGAAGUGUUUCGUGGUUAAAAUUGAACUCUUCCUUAACGUGGGCGUCUUACCCCCAGUCCUCCUAAUUACGCACACACAACGCAAAGCGUACAAUUAGGAACUGCAGUGACAGCAUAACAACCGGUUAGAAUUCCUCGUCAAGGAUACUAAGCGGUAUCGUGUGUCACUUCACGAGUUUAAAAGCCCAUUCAACACCGUUAUCCACUCCAUCAGUAGCCAAGAUGUUCCUCAAGAAGACAGCUCAAUCGGAAGCACUCCAAGUGGGCCUCCAAUUGUUAACCUGGAUCGGUUUGCAAGGCACUAAUCGAAAACGCAUUUGGCGGUACUAUUUCAUCGUUGGUUGGCUGCUAGGGAAUGUAAUUCUCCCGAAAGCUCUACUAGGUUCUGGCGACGAAGGAUUCGAUUCCCUGGUCCGGAGCCUCGCUGAGAUGGCCUUUUUCAGCGAUGUGUGUAUCGCCGUUGGAAUAUUCGUGACUCGCCUGCGACAUUUCGAACGGAUGGUUCAGAUUCUGAAGGAGAUCUUUGACCGAUACGAAACCAAAGAAUGCGUCGAAGAGAUUCGUAGGUUCAAUCGUCGAAUGGACAUUUUCGCGAAAUCUUACAUAGCAUACAUUGGCAUGUUGGUGUUUUUGUUUUUUAUUCCAUCGAUUGUCUGGAACUUGUAUAUGACGAUUUUUGUUUCACCGGCACAUAGAAGUAGUUACGUUUUGCUGAUGGAAGUGCAGUAUUUCUACUUGGACAUCCGACACAAUUUCGUCCACUACCUGUUGUAUUUCGUACUCUGUGGUGCAGCGACAUUGUGUUCAGCUUACCAAAGUUGCAUCAAGGGCACAAUUUUCCUGACGGCACUUCAGUACGGAGCUAAGCUGUUCGAACUACUGCACUUGAGGAUUAGCCGUCUUGAUGAAGUGGAGGCCGGCGAUAGACGCCGUGAAGAGCUACGGCGGAUCAUUGAGCUGCACAACAUGACUCUGAAGUAUACGGAACUGUUAGAGGAAACAAUCACCUUCAUUAUGAUCAACCAGGUGCUGAACUGUAUGGCCAUUUGGUGCAUGUUCAUGGUGUAUCUCUCAUCGAACUAUGGACCGAAUGGCUUCAACGUGGCGGUCUUGUUUGUGGUCUUCAUUGUUGAAAUGGUAGUCUACUGCGUCAGCGGAACCCAUCUAAGUGAAAACGCUUUUAAGGUGGGCAGUGCCAUCUACCAUUACCCGUGGUACCUGGAGCCUGCCGAUAUGCAACGUGACCUUCGCUUUAUGAUACAACGAGCGCAGAGGCCGUGCGGGAUUACCGCGGCCAAGUUUUACUUUGUGAACAUCGAACGGUUGGGAAUAUUAGUUCAGGCUUCGUACUCGUACUAUUUGUUACUGAAAAAUGGCUUCUAAGAAAACAUGAGGCAUUGUUGCAGUUUAUACUGAGGCAGCAUCCAUUUAUUGCAUAACGCUAAAAUCGAGAUUUUUUUAACAAACCCCCUCCCCCCUCCGUAACGCAUUUUGUAUGAAAAUCCUAAAACUUUUGUAUGGGCCGUAGCGUUACGUAAUUUGUGGAUGGUGUCUAAUGACUUAGUCGGAAAUAGUAACCAAGUGGCUAAAGAUUGACUAUCAGACUAAUGGUUAGAAUGGCACAGAUCAAAUUCCCAAAACGGAAGCUAAGUGAACAUGUUAAACUUCUAAGUGUUAUGCCUCGUGCAUAUAGGAUGGUCAAAAAUUUGUAACUACUAACUUCAGAAUGUCCUGUGAAACUUCUAGAAAACUUUUAAUGGAAAUCGCUGAUGGAUUUUGCCUGACAAAAAAAAGUGUUUGCAAAACUUUUGAAGUUUCUUAGUUCUCCCCGAAUUUCUUUUUCAAUGACUUCAAGAAAUCUAUGCAUUUUGUCCAGGAGUUCACCAUAAAUUACAUGCUAUUUGCAGAACGAAAAUAUUUCAAAAACUCAAUCGUAUUAGUCCAAUUUAUUUUUCGAAUGUUUCCGAAAAAAAUAACAAGAAUUUUCCUGUAAUUCAACGAAGAAUUACGUGGAAAAUUCUUGCAAAAUGUUUCUAGAAUUUCCGACAGAAAUAAACACGAAUAUUCUGCAGGAACUUUUUGGUUCAACAUUCUACAAAGUUUUUGAGUUCCUCCAAUGUUCAAGCUUAGAUUUGGAGGAGCUUUGAAAGUUGUUUGGAAUAUAGGCGCCUACAAUAAAACCAAAGGGUUUUAUCAUUUAACACUUACAGCGCCACCUAGCGGCAGAAAUCGAAAUCCUAGAGUUUCAGCAAUCUUUCCCAAUGCUAAUUUUCAAAAACGGUAGAAAAUCUAAAAUAAGUAACUAUCGUGGGGUUGCCAUUAUUAUCAAGUAUUCCAAAGCUUUUUGAGUCCAUAAUUAAUAGCAAUUUAUUUUCUCAGGUCAAGCCUUUAAGGACAGACUUUUAGAAUCCCAAAAUGGCCGCCUCAAUGACCGACUUUGGCACCUACUCACGAUUUCGAGGGCACAAAUCUCUUCGUAAACAAAACCAGCUCACCCGAGCUUCUUAUUUUAAGCUAACUACAAGUGAGCAAGAGCAGAAUAAUAAAAUGCAUUGUUGUUUAAAGCUUGCUUCUUGAGACAUGUGCGUCUGAAGUUUUGAUGCACUGUUGAAACGGGAUUUCAAGACGUUCAUCCUUAAUACCUAGUCAAAAACAUGGCUUUAUGAAACAUGGCUGGAAAAAAUAUGAAAAAAUGUUUGGAGGAAAUUAGAGGGAAGGAGGAAAACAUUUCUGGGGAAAUUUACUGGCGGGAUUCCUGAGGAAACUUCCGAAAGAAUUCUUGAAAAAAAAUCCUGAGGAUCUUGGAAAAUUGCUAGUGGAAUUCGUGGGGAAACUCCCAAAUGGAGCAAUCCUAGGGAAACCAAUGGGACAUUUUUUUUUUUUUUGCGGAAACUCGUGGAGGUAUUCCUGGGAAUAUUCCUCUGAAAGAGUUCCUACUGAAAUUCCUAACGGAAAUUCUGGAUAAAUUCCUACAGUAAUUACUGAAUUUCUGACGAAGUUUCCGGGGAAAUUCCUGAAGGAAAUUCAGGAAAAAUUUCUGGAGGAAUUCUCCGGAAAAUUUAUGAACAAUCCCUGAGAAUUUCCAGGCACAUAAUUUUAAAUAGAUGCAGGGUAAAUAUUCGACACAUUCUCAUG